AGCGAGAAGGGGGAGAGCCAGACUCCCCUCACUCGCUGCCACUCCGACCUCCUACCAGUAGGCGUACAUGCGGAAGUUCCAUUUCCACUCAGUUGUCCUCCAAAUUGAGAACCAACCGACACAACGAAUCUCGCUUCCACUGUCGAGCACCGAGAGCGGCUUCGCGAGGGAAAACAAUCCCGGCACAGCGCAUCAUAAUCGGUGAAUCAUGAGCAGCAGCUACAGUGUCACCCUGGCUGGUUCGGCUCCAUGGGGCUUCAGGCUACAAGGAGGGAAGGACUUUGGUGUUCCACUCACUAUUUCGCGGCUGGCAGAUGGAGGCAAAGCAGCCAAAGCCAAGAUGAGUGUUGGAGACAUCAUCCUCUCCAUAAAUGGCAUCUCCUCUGAGAGCAUGAACCACCUCGAAGCCCAGAACAAGAUUAAAACCUGUAUGAACAAUCUCAGCUUGACUCUACUGAGAGCUUCGGGUGAUGGCAAAGGAGGUCCUAAGGUUGAACCUCAAGAAAUCAUUAAGCCCGUCCCAAUCACCCAUACACCUCCGAGCAGCACAUACACUAAACCGACAAGCCAGCCCGGCCUUGCCUACAACAAAACAGCCCGGCCAUUUGGAGGUGACAGAGGUUUACCAGCACUUUCCUCCGCUCCGGCGGCUCCCAAAAUGGUCUUCAUCCCCUCUGAAUCAUCGGCUUUCACGCCAGCUCAACCUUUGUGUCAACCAUCGCACCCUCCGUUCCCACUCAAGUCAGACCUCACCUCCCCAGAGUCUCGGGCUCCCCAAGCUAGUCUGUCUAGCUCUACCAUUAGCUCCCCCUCCUCCUCCUCGUCCAACUCAUCCUCUCCAGCUAGAGUGACGGCCCCCUCCUCCCAACCGUCGGUGCCGCAGCCAUCAGUCUAUAACUCCCCCAUCAAUCUGUACUCUAACAACAAUGCCUGCGAGGUGGCAAUCGGACAAAGGCGUGGCCUCAUGGAGAGCCAGGGGUUAUUGGAACAGUUCAACGGGAAUCAGCCAGACUUGAAUCACGCAACUGCACUGAGUGAAGCUAGCAAGAAGCGACUUAUUGAGGGCACGGACGACUGGCACCCGAAAACCGGAACCUCCCAAUCCCGUUCCUUCCGGAUCCUGGCCCAAUUGACAGGCACUGAAAAUGAGGAAUCUCCAGAGAACAAUGGGAAAAAUGAUGUCACGGACAAAAGCAGUCAAGUUGUGCACACCUUGCCUGCCUCCAAAACAUACUCCAAAGCUACACCUCCUAGAAACAGCAACGUCAUGGGAGCUCCCUCCAAGUUUGAGAGCCCUGCAGCACAAAACAAACCCUCCUACCAGCCCGGUGGUUCGUCAGGUUUCCCCAAGGUUGGCGCAGCCCCUUCGUUCGGCAAGGUUACCACCCCCACUCCCAAAGCCCCUGAGCGGCCCAUGCCACAGCCGCACCCCCAGGACCUCAACUCAGUGGUACAGAGAGCCGAGCACAUACCUGCUGGAACCCGCACCCCAAUGUGCAGCAAGUGCAAUAAUGUUAUCAGGGGACCCUUUCUCGUGGCCAUGGGCAUGUCCUGGCACCCUGAGGAAUUCAACUGUGCCCACUGCCACUCCUCCCUGGCAGACGGAGGGUUUGUGGAGGAGAAUGGACAGGUGUAUUGCGAGCACUGCUACGAGCAGUUCUUCGCUCCCACCUGUGCCCGUUGUCAGCAGAAGAUUCUAGGGGAGAUCAUGAACGCCUUGAAGCAAACCUGGCACGUUUCCUGUUUUGUCUGCUCAGCCUGUCAGCAGCCAAUCCGAGGCAACAUGUUCCACAUGGAGGAUGGACAGCCAUACUGUGAAAUGGACUACUACAAACUGUUUGGCACAAACUGCCAUGGCUGUGACUUCCCCAUCGAGGCAGGAGACAAGUUUUUGGAGGCUUUAGGAUUCACCUGGCAUGAUACUUGCUUUGUGUGCGCCGUGUGCACUGCCAAUUUGGAAGGUCAACCCUUCUUCUCCAAGAAGGACAAGCCUUUGUGCAAGAAACAUGCCCACAGUGUCAAUAUCUGACUCUCUCCUGUGACAUUUUCCAGCAAUAUCUUUAUUCAGCUGACCGUCAAAUGAUACGUAUUUAAAGUUACUUUACAUGCUUGUAUACUGUUUGAAUUGGAUUACGGGUUCAUUGUUUUCCUAUUUCUUCCCGAUUUAAAUGUGUUUCAGGAGUCUGUUCAUUUUCGUUCAUGGUUCUCUAGUUAUCAAUAACAUUUUGGGUUCCCAUAGAGCAGGAAGUAUAUGACUGUGAUUAUGGGUCCACCUCCUCAGGAGUCGCAAAAAUGGGACUAAUUUGCUUUUAUGCAGUAUAUGACGUAUUAAGUAUAACUGUCAGCACAACUGGCAAAAGACGAAGCAUACAAGCCUCAUUUAUUUGAAAAUGUUGUAAUACAAUUUUAUAAUAUUCAUUUUAGAUAUUAUUUUAUCAAUAAACGAGUUCCCACACCCCUUUUUUUUUACCUGCCCCAUUGCUAAUUUCACUAUUAGAACAAUAUAACAUAUCCACAUAAGAAUAUGCCCUAAAUGAUGACCAAUUUGUGCUGCUGCAUUUUGUUGUAUUAACUUAAAAGAAAUUCUAAUAUAUUAUUACCCAAUGCUGCCUUUAUUCAUUUGCCCGGCACAUUCUUAAGUGCGGAAUAAAAUCAUUUUUAUGUAA